AUGCCAGCUCCUAAAUCUAAAACUGCCUCCAAUGCCAACGGUGCCCCUAAGGGAAAAACCGCUUCUACAAGCGGAACUGCUACUCCUGUCUCGGCCACUACCGGGGAGAAAGAGACGUUGGACCAGCUAGCAACAUAUGCUGGACGGCCAGACAAGAAUGUGUAUGACGCCGAGCAAGCCAAAAUCAAAUCGGAGAUAGACGCUUUGCAGGCAAAACUGGGUGUUGUUCGUGACAAAAUUGCUCUUGCCACGAAAUCCGGUCCAGGAAACGACCGACGAAAUGCUCUUCGCACUGAGCUUGACAGUAUUCGCGACGUACAAUCUGCGAAUAAGGCGUCCAAAAGCAAAUUGGAAGACCAGGUUAAAAUUCUUCAGGAUGGUAUACAGAAGAAGAUUAAAGACCUGCAAUCUGCCAAGUCAAAAAUCCCAUUCAAAACUGUCGCUGAAGUUGAUGCCCAUAUUAAAAACCUGGAGAAACAGGUCGAAUCCGGCAACAUGAAGCUUGCCGACGAGAAACGAGCUCUCCAAGAAAUUUCCACCAGCAAGAAAAACCGCAGGGUUGUGGAAGGAUUCCAGACUGACCAAGAGAGCAUCGAGGCAGAUCGCGCCAAAAUUGAAGAGCUUCGCAAGGAAAUUUACAAUCCUGCCGCCACCGCUAUUUCCGAACGGUAUACUGCCAUUCGGGCUGAACUCGACCAAUUGAAGAAGGAAAGUGACGAAGCCUAUGCAGGCCGUUCGAAAUUGUUCGAGGAGCGCGAUAACAUUCAAAAUCAGCUCAAGGUUCUUUUCGAUGCUAAGAGGGAGUCCAUCACAAACUACCGGGAAGCCAACGACAGGUACUGGACCAAAGUAAACGAGGACCGCGCCAGACGUGCCGAAAAGGCCAGGCUUCAGCGCGCCGCUGAGGAAGCGCAGAAGAAACAAGAGUACGCUGAACGUCUUCUUGAAGAGGCACAAGUACCUGCCUUCCAAUCUCAAAUUGAGGAUUGCCAAACUCUCAUUGAUUACUUUUCUGGAAAAUCUACUGUGGUUACUUACAAAUCGACUGGCCUCGCUACCAGGGCCGAGGUCACCUCGGUACCCAAGUUGGAACUACGAAAGGUGGAAGAAGCCCCUGAAGGACUUGUUGCUAGAAAAAAGAAAUCUGAGGAGGACGACACCUAUUUCAAGGCCGCUAAGAAGGGCAAGAACAACAAGAACACGAAACCUGCCGUCAAGGCCAAUGGCAAUGCUAACGGUGCAGAGACGACACCAGUCGCUCCUACAAACACCUCGCUUAACGUACCUCUUCCUACCCUCGCCGCACUUCUCUCCCUUUCUAUUCCUCCCCCUGCUUCAACGACCGAUGUACCUCGAUUAAUCGAGGACUUGAACACAAAGAAGGCAUGGUUCGAGGCUAAUCAAGAUCGUGUGACGGCAGAGAACGUCGCGAAGGCUACUGCUGCUAUCCAGCGUUUAACGAAGGGAGAGACUCCCUCUACACUGGACACGUCAUCACCUGCCGAACCUGAAAGUCCUUCCGAGCCUGUGCCUACACCUCAGGCUGGCCCUGCAUCUGACCCAGUGCAGAGCGAAGCUGUCGUCGACCAACUGGAGGCUGUUGCAGAAACCGUUGAGAGCUGA